AAUGGCCUUGGUCGCAAGUUGCGGGUUGUUUUUUAUUUAUUUAGUUUUUCAAUUUUCAAAGAAUUACGGAAUCUUUAUAACUUCUAAUUUAUAUGCAAAUUAUGGCUUAGAAAUAAUCUAAUACGGUUGUCGGUUACAAAACGCUUAUCCAUCAUGGAAAGCGGUAUAAUGGUGGAGACAUUACCAUUAUUUGGUAAUUGUUGUUUAUGUUUAAAACUCGAUGUGGUUAAAAGCAUGUUAACGCCAGAUUUAAGAGAAAAGGAGAGUUAUUCCGAAAUGCUGCUCAAGUGUUUUUCUAUAGAUAUAUCAAUUCUUGAUUUAGAAGACACAAAAUGCCUUAUCUGUAGACCAUGUAUAGACCAAUUGGGAGCUUGUGUUAAAUUUAAAGAACUGGUAGACACUUCGCUGAAGUCGUUGGAAGCAGCAGCUAGGAUAAAAGAAGCAGAUGAAGACUUAAAAAAGGUUAAGGAAGAAAUAUCAAACGAUGAUGCAAGCGAUGACGAUAUACUGUUAUGUCAUUUCAAGCAGGAGUCAAAUGAUAGCAACUACCAAGAUGAAUUUUUGGAAAACGGCAUUCACAAAGACUCGGAAGACGAUACGCGGAAAACGAGAAAAAUAUCGAAAAAGAAGAAAAUUACAUAUUCGUCCGUUUGUAAAAAGGUUGUGGAUCUUGAUGAGACGAUAUACCUUCUGAAUGCUGGACUUUUUCCAUUCAAGAUGAGCAAGGACGACUUUUCAUGCACCAUAUGCCCCGAAAAGACCACGACCCUGGAGGACCUGAAGACGCAUAUAUCACAACACAGCACAUCGAACAUCGCGACGGCUUUUAAGAAAAUGUCUCAGUCAUCAUCACAGAAAUUCUCAAAAGAGAAGAAUAGCCUCAAAUGCAAGACGUGCGCGGUCGAAAUCAGAAACUUCGAUGAUAUGAAGCACCACAUAGACGCCUGCAUCCGCCUCGGAUGCAGGUGGAACCAGCUUCCCUUCAAGCUGGAGAAGGACCAGCUCGACUGCCCCAUCUGCAAGAAGACCUUCCUGAACUUCGUCACCUUGAACACGCAUAUGAACGAACACUACCCGAACCACACAUGCGAUAACUGUGGUAAAGCGUUUGCGUCCAGGUCCCGUCUUCGAGGACACCUGCGGACCCACGAAGUUGGCAGCUUUCCCUGCCGUUUCUGUGAUCUGGUCUUCGAUAAAGUGACGAAACGCGAGAACCACGUGUCCAAAGAGCACAAAAGCGGGAUCAGAUAUGUCUGCAAGCGAUGUGAUAUAUCACUGACCUCGUUCUAUGCCCGGCAGAAGCAUUUGGCCGAAGUCCAUAACGAGGAGUUGAAGAGAUACAAAUGCAAGGCCUGCACCCAGAGUUAUAUUACUCCGGGACACCUUUCGAGCCAUGUACGGAGAGACCACUUGAACGAAAGGAACCAUAAGUGUCCGAAAUGCGAUCUGGCUUUCUACACGCGUAACUCCCUGAAGAUGCACAUGAUAAAGCACGACGGGGAGAGGAUCCACGUGUGCAGCAUAUGCAGUAAGUCUUAUCAGAGGAUGAAGACGCUCAGGGAGCAUAUGCGGAUUCAUAAUAAUGAUAAGAGGUUUAUUUGCCCCGUGUGUGGGAGGGCCUUUACGCAGAAGUGUACGUUGAAGGGACAUUUGAAAGUGCAUCAGCGUACCAGUGAAUGUGUGUGACGAUACGAGACGCGAUAAUUUUAAAUUGUAUAUAGUUUAUAGGGAACAAAAAGCAAUACGCGUGCAAUUUUUCUAUUCCGCAAUAGAGGGCGUUAUUUUGAAAUUAUGUUAUAUCUAAAUAUAUUCAGUUUUAAAGAAAUUUAUUUAUCUACUCCCUGUUAGAUGUCGCUAUAUCAAAAAAUCAUAGUAUAUGUCGCAGCGAAUGAGUCAAUUAACAGCCUAGCCCUUUAACUAAACGGCGCCGUUUAACUAACGGCCUCAAAGAUAUUUAGCCGUAGCAUUUGUUGCAACAUUUAAUAAACUGGCUGGUGGCCAUUUGAUUCGAGUGAUCAAGUGGCAGAAAUAAAAACACUGAAAAAUCUGACAUAAGAAAUUCUUUAUUUUGUGUAUUUAAAAUGUAAGUUAAGUAGAGUUUGUACGCCUACUUUCACUGUUACACUCUUCUGUACUAUUUUUCAUUAAUCUUUGGAAAACAUCAUCAAACAAUCACGAAAUUCCCCGUAUUACGUCGUCCACAACUGAUCGUUUUUAAGGCAGUUUUUGCCACGCACCACUAUCUAGAAGCAGCUGCCCACUGAAAUAUAUCCAAACCAAUUUGACUUGAGGCCUUUAACAAAAAAGCGUACCAACCCUUAAAAGGCCGGCACUUGCGAGCCCAUUGGGUGUCUAUGGGCGGCGGUGUCACUAUACAUCAGAUGAGCCUCCUACACGUUAACCUGUUCUAUAAAAAAAAAAACAGAAAAAAUGUUGUUUGCCGACACUUUAUUGACAGUUAGGGGUGACAAGUGGCAGAAAGUGUAACUAAAUUGAUUCAAGUUAUUUGUCUAGCUAUUUGAUAAAAUGGCUGAAUAUCAUUUAGGCCGCUAAUUAAACGUCACUGUCAAGAGACUAGGCUGUUAAUUGAACGGCUAUUUAAGCUAGUUGGCUGCGACACAUAUAUAGCAAGACUGUUUUUACAGAUUGUAUGAAGAUUAUUACUCUGAGUUUAGACGGUUUUGCCUAAAUCUAAAUUUAAUAUUUUUGUAAAUAGUUUGGCCGCCCCUCGAUAGAUGGCGCUCAAACAAAGCAAUAUGUAUACAUUCAAAUUAAAUGUAGAUUUAUU